AAAAUCGAGUCUGCUCAUUGCGCCUGCGCAAAACAAGCGAAUCUAUGGAGGGAAAUGAGGGCCAUGUGCAUUUAGUAUAUCGUUUUCCAAGGAGAUAAACAGAUUUGUCCAAUAAAUGAUUUGUCUGACUCAGUACCGGAUAAUGAGCUGCACGUGGUAUAUGGAAGAAAGAAACGCUCUACUCUCGCGCGCUACAUCGAGACACGUGUUGUUGUGGAUCCAACAAUGUACCUUUAUCACAGAUCACGUGGAAACGCUAUAGCAUAUACUCUAAUGGCCUUCAAUAUUGCUAGCAAGUUGUACACACAUCCAAGUAUAGGAACAAAUAUAUAUCUGACACUCUCAGAGCUUCAUGUCAUAGAAACAUAUAACGAAUUUGCUUCGGAGCUGACAGAAAAUGCAAACAAAACUUUGAAGACAUUCUGCGAUUGGCAGUCAGGACUUGCAACUAAACAAGUAGACAGUAGCGUCCUCUUAACAAGACUUGACCUUGAAGAUGAAAAUGGUAACAAAGGUAUCAAUGGAUUGGCCCACUUAAACAAAAUGUGUGAUAAAAAUACGAAGUGUGCUAUAGUUGAGGAUGAGGGGCCCAUAAUGGGGAUCACACUCGCUCACGAAAUCGGCCAUUUAUUGGGAAUGACGCAUGACGAUUCCAACACUAGUGUAGGAAUAAUGUCGGCUGGUGGAUGGAGUGGGAACGAGGCAUUCACUUGGUCCAGUCACAGCGCAUCGGAACUUCAACGAUCUCUUUCGUCUAACCGCCUUAAAUGUUUGGACAAUAAACCGAGCGGAUUUUCCCAGAACAGAAUUGAAUUUCCGUUACCCGGAACGUUAUAUACCGCCGAUCAACAGUGCCAGAUGCGUACUAAUAAUAGCUUUAUGCUUUAUAGAUCAACUUAUAAUAAAGACGACCCUUGCAUGAACUUGAAAUGCAAAUAUGAAGGCAGCGACGCUCUUGUUUUUUCUUCACCUUUGUUAGACGGGACGGAUUGUAACAACACCAGAAUGUGGUGUAUACGGGGCGAGUGUGUGCCUAUAGAUAGGAAACACCGGUCGCUAGCUCCGGUAGAUGGUAGCUGGUCAAGUUGGGAAGCGGAGUAUACUGCCUGUAGUAGGACGUGUGGCGGCGGAGUUCAGAUUAAGAGGAGAUUUUGCAACAGUCCACCACCACAAUAUGGAGGAAAUGAAUGUCUUGGACUUUCUACGACAGAAAAGAUUUGCAACAUUCAGGAAUGCAGCUCUGACUACAGAUUACUUCAGUGUUCCAAGUCAAGCGCAAUUUUACGCAAUCCUAUUCCUGCCUUUGGAGAUAUAGGUGAUUUGAGUUGUAAUAUCAGUUGCCAAAGUGACAGAGGUAUAAUGCUGUCAACAAAAAAUUAUUUGGAUGGCACAGAGUGUUUGUUGAAAAAGUCUGUACCAUAUUCUAGAUGUGUACAGGGAAAAUGUCAGGAAUUUGGUUGUGACUGGCUUUCCAAUUCUCGACUUAGAUAUGACGAAUGCGGGAUUUGUAACGGCACGGGUACCACGUGCAGUAAAGUGACGGGAACUUACAACGAAAACGGUUCUUCGGGCAGUUACACGAAUGUUACCACUAUCCCGGCUGGAAGUUCUGACAUAUUUAUCCAACAAACAAAUAGAUAUUGCAUGCUCAGCAUGCUUGUUAAUGGACAUCGGGUACUGAAUGACGGGAUGCGGAAAUCAGGAUCUGCGCUCUUUAAUCUGUAUGGUAUACAGCUACGGUACUUAAAUGAUAGACAAAAUGGGGAAACACUCGAAAUUGUUGGGAAAAUAGAAAAAAGUAUUGUUGUACAGAUUCUAAGAUUCUACGAUUAUCGUCAGUAUGCCGGCGUUACUCCUAACAUGAGCUAUACAUACCAUAUACCCAGCCCACAUUCAUCCCAGUCAUACGCUUGGGCUGAACUUCCAAACCAAAGCUGUUCAAGGUCGUGCGGAUCAGGUGUAAAAUCAAAGACCAUAAAAUGUAUGAGUAUACGAGGAGAGUUUGUAGACGACUAUCAUUGUGGCUUGGAAAAUAAACCAAAACAAACAUUCUCCAAAUGUAACACACAUGCUUGUCCACCAACAUGGAAGGUUUCAGACUGGGGACCAUGCUCUGUGGAGUGCGGCACAGGAAUAAAGUCGAGGACACUACAGUGUGUUAGUAUGGUGAAUGGUGUCGAUCAGGCUAUACCUUCAAGUAAAUGCGACGACAAAUUGAAGCCACACAAUACUUCAAGUUGUGAAAAUUUGUGCACAUGGAAACCAGGCAUAUGGUCAAAGUGCACGAGAACGUGUGGCGAAGGAUACAGGACGCGGGAACUAUUUUGUGUUCAGUCUACCGGUGCCGAUGUAGAAACCAAUGCCACAUUAUGUGACCAGGACAGCAAACCAGUCGAUACGAUUAGGUGUCGCAAUGACCCUUGUUUCGUGCUUCCUGGGACCUGCGUUGAUAAAAGACCGGACUGUAAGAAGUACUACGACUACGAAAGCACUGCAUGUGAUGGAAAAUAUAGAAAUUGGAUGUUUACAAAUUGUUUAAAGACAUGUGGUGUUUGCCGAAAUGGCUCGUGUGUAGACGAAAAUAGCUGUCAAAGAGUAGACCAAUCAGUUGAUGCAUGUAAUAACCCCUCGUAUAAAGUAUGGAUGCAUGCUCAUUGUCCACAGUCAUGCAACCUUUGUCGUGAUUGCGCCGAUUGUUCGAAAUUUGAUCCGAAAUACUGCACUGAUAGUCAAUACAGGGGGUACAUGGCGAAAAACUGCCGCAAAUAUUGUAAAUUGUGUUGACAUUUUGAACAAAACUGUUUUUGUAUGGCUGUUGAAUAACGAACGGGAAAUUGAUAUAGAUAUAUUGGUGAUAGGAUUGAUCUUAAUAUAGACUGUCAUUGAAUUGUCAUUUGUACAUUUAUGAUUAUUGAUUUGAAUAAAAAAAAAUUGGAUUUAAAUUUACUAUU